GUGCUGUUUGUCACAAUGAGGUUUCUGAUCUCACUGUGUGUGUCGCUGCUGAUGAUUAAUGUUAGAAGUACUAUAGCAGAGACAACCACAAUCCAAACCACGGAAACUACAACCACGGACAUAACGACUGAACCUACAAUUGAUCCAUGCAAUGAUUAUAACACUCUUGAUGAAUAUUGGAGAGACAUAAUGCAAAGCUCAUAUCAGUACUAUAGAUAUGAUGACACUCUUGUUGAAUGGAGUGGCUGGUAUCGGCUGUAUCUGAAUGGAGAAAGUGCCCAGAUGUCUGAGUGGUGUGUGAGUGAGGUGGGAUGUGGUGGAGAAACUGCACUGCAUCUCAACAGUUCUCACCCAACACUUGAGGAUGGAGUGGUGACCCGUGAAGUCGUGGGAACUCCUUGGUGGUAUUCCAGUCAGUGUGGCGCCUACAGUUCCUCAUCCAUCCGAGUCAAAGCCUGUCCAGGAGAUUAUUACGUCUAUGAAUUAGUCAAACCCGUCAUAUCAGCUCCAGGGCCGAUGUACUGUGCAGUUGCUUUCCAAAGCAUCAGCAGUGAUCCCUGCUACAACUAUGAGUCUCUGGAUCGUCCCUGGAGAGCCAACAAUGAAAGUGGAGAUUUCAUUUGUGAUAACUUUUUCUCCUGGAAUGGCUGGUACCGGCUUUUCUACUAUGGAAUGGACAUCCGGAUGUCAGAGACCUGUGUUAGUUCAUACACCUGUAACACAUACUAUAAUCUGUGGCUCAAUGAUCCUCACCCUCAGAUAGAGGAUGGAGUGGUGAUCAGGGAGGUCUGUGGAGGGUCUCAUUGGGGAAGCUGCUGUGAUUACAAGACAAACCCCAUCCGAGUGAAAGCGUGUCCAGACAAUUACUAUGUCUAUGAACUUGUGAAUCCACAAAUAUGGUGUUCAGGAUACUGCACAGAUGUCAGCACUAUUUCACAGGCAGUUUCCACUGUGAGUCCAGAUAUAUUCACUGGAUCCACCAUCAACUUGAAUUAUGACCCGUGUAAUAAUUACAACACACUUGACAACUACUGGAGAAGCACACUCAAUUACUGGUUUAUGUAUGGAUACAUAUCUGAUCAUGAUGACACUCGUGUAGAAUGGGACGGCUGGUAUCGACUCUUCAUGAAUGGCUUGAGUGCUCAGAUGCCUGAGUGGUGUAUGUCUUACAUGUCAUGUGGAGGUUUUAGUUCUCUGUGGCUUGAUGGCUCUCAUCCUCGGCUAGAAGAUGGAGUUGUUACUCGUGAAGUUUACGGUUCUUACUAUGAACAGUGCAGUCGCUACAGAUCCGACCCAAUCCAAGUCAAAGCUUGUCCUGGAAAUUAUUAUGUCUACAAAUUUACCAGGCCGCCUCUUUCAAUCCCAGAUCCUGUUUAUUGUGCAGUGUCUUUCUCCACCCCAAGUGUCGACCCCUGCUACAACUAUACCAGUCUGGAUGAGCCUUGGAGAUCCACAGACAACUAUUACUAUAAUAACUAUUACUACUAUGGCAUGUGUGAUUAUAAUGUGGAGUGGAAUGGCUGGUACAGGAUGUUCUACAAUGGUGAAAAUACUCAGAUGCCAGAAUCAUGUGUAAAUCAGUACACGUGUGGCACUUAUGAACCACUGGUGCUCAACGGCUCUCACCCACAGCUGGAAGAUGGAGUGGUCACCCGUCAGGUCUGUGUCUCCACAUGGAACGGCUGCUGUACUUACAAAUCCCACCCUAUAAGAGUCAAAGCCUGUCCAGGAAAUUACUAUGUUUAUGAGUUUGUCAAGCCAAUAUUUUGUGGAGCUUACUGUGCAGAUACCUCAAACCAGUCCAUCUCAUCAACAACAGAGACGAUCCCAUCCAUAGGAUCCAUUACUCCACCAAUCACAACCACUGCUCCCCCUGUUGACCCCUGCUACAACUACAAUAUCCUGGAUGAUUCAUGGAGAGCCACCAACAAUCAACAUUCCUCUGAAAUAAUGUGUGACACUGCGGUCAGCUGGAACGGCUGGUACCGACUCUUCAUUCAGGGUCAGAGCGUUCAGAUGCCAGACACAUGUGUUGAUGAGUAUAGUUGUGGCACUCAUGCUCCUCUGUGGCUGAGCGGAGGACAUCCAACAGUUGAGGAUGGAGUGGUCACUCGAGAUGUCUGCGGUCACUGGGGCAAUAACUGCUGCUAUUUCCAAUCCAAUCCCAUUAAAGUCAAAGCCUGUCCAGGAGAUUAUUAUGUCUAUGAGUUUGUCAGCCCAACUAACUGCCAUUUGGCUUACUGUGCAGAUUCAAGCAACAUAAACACUACUACUACUACUGUCAUGCCAGAGACAACGACAGAUGAAACUACAACUGAAACUACAACCAUGGACACUAUGACUGAACCUACAACUUCCAUCUCUGAUCCAUGCUAUAAUUAUAACACUCUUGAUGAAUCCUGGAGAGACAUACGACAAAACCCAUAUCAGUACUAUGGACAGUAUGAUGACACUCUUGUUGAAUGGAGUGGCUGGUAUCGGCUGUUCUUAAAUGGAGAAAGUGCCCAGAUGUCUGAGUGGUGUGUGAGUUAUGUGGGAUGUGGUGGUUACACUGGACUCUAUCUCAACGGUUCUCACCCAACACUUGAGGAUGGAGUGGUGACCCGUGAAGUCCUGGGAACUACUUUAUGGUAUUGGUGGGGUUAUGCCCGUGAGUGUGGCGCCUACAGUUCCUCAUCCAUCCGAGUCAAAGCCUGUCCAGGAGAUUAUUACGUCUAUGAACUUGUCAAACCCAUCGUAUCAGCUCCAGGCCCCAUGUACUGUGCAGUUGCUUUCCAAAGCAUCAGCAGUGAUCCCUGCUACAACUAUGAGUCUCUGGAUCGUCCCUGGAGAGCCAACAAUGAAAGUGGAGAUUACAUUUGUGAUGAACGUUUCUCCUGGAAUGGCUGGUACCGGCUUUUCUACUAUGGAAUGGACAUCCGGAUGUCAGAGACCUGUGUUAGUUCAUUCACCUGUAAUACAAACAUAAAUCUGUGGCUCAAUGAUCCUCACCCUCAGAUAGAGGAUGGAGUGGUGAUCAGGGAGGUCUGUGGUGGUUAUCAUUGGGGAGGCUGCUGUGAUUACAAGACAAGACCCAUCAGAGUGAAAGCGUGUCCAGGCAAUUACUAUGUCUAUGAACUUGUGAAACAAGCAUGGUGGUGUACAGGAUACUGCACAGAUGUCAGCACUAUUUCACAGGCGGUUUCCACUAUAAGUCCAGAUAUAUUCACUGGAUCCACCAUCAACUUGAAUUAUGACCCGUGUAAUAACUACAACACACUUGACAACUACUGGAGAAGCACACUCAAUUACUGGUCUAGUAAUGGAUACAUAUCUGAUCAUGAUGACACUCGUGUAGAAUGGGACGGCUGGUAUCGACUCUUCAUUAAUGGAUCAAGUGCUCAGAUGCCUGAGUGGUGUUUUAAUUAUAUGUCAUGUGGAGGUUAUAGUUCUCUGUAUCUUGGUGACCCUCAUCCUCGGCUAGAAGAUGGAGUUGUUACUCGUGAAGUUUACGGCUCUCGUAAUGAUCAGUGCAGUCGCUACAGAUCCGACCCAAUCCAAGUCAAAGCUUGUCCUGGAAAUUAUUAUGUCUACAAAUUUACCAGACCAACUCUUUCAAUCCCAGAUCCUGUAUAUUGUGCAGUGUCUUUCUCCACUCCAAGUGUCGACCCCUGCUACAACUAUACCAGUCUGGAUGAGCCUUGGAGAUCCACUGACAACUAUUACUAUAAUAACUAUAACUACUAUAGCAUGUGUGAUUAUAAUGUGGAGUGGAAUGGCUGGUACAGGAUGUUCUACAAUGGUGAAAAUACUCAGAUGUCAGAAUCAUGUGUAAAUCAAGGCAUGUGUGGCACUUAUGAACCACUGUCGCUCAACGGCGCUCACCCACAGCUGGAAGAUGGAGUGGUCACCCGUCAGGUCUGUCUCUCCUCAUGGAGCGGCUGCUGUACUUACAAAUCCCAUCCUAUAAGAGUCAAAGCCUGUCCAGGAAAUUACUACGUUUAUGAGUUUGUGAAGCCAAUGGUUUGUGGAGCUUACUGUGUUGAUGCCUCAAACCAGUCCAUCUCAUCAACAACAGAGACGAUCCCAUCCAUAGAAUCCAUUACUCCACCAAUCACAACCACUGCUCCCCCUGUUGACCCCUGCUACAACUACAAUAUCCUGAAUGAUUCAUGGAGAGCCACCAACAAUCAACAUUCCUCUGAAAUAAUGUGUGACACUGCGGUCAGCUGGAACGGCUGGUACCGUCUCUUCAUUCAGGGUCAGAGCGUUCAGAUGCCAGACACAUGUGUUGAUGAGUAUAGUUGUGGCACUCAUGCUCCUCUGUGGCUGAACGGAGGACAUCCAACAGUUGAGGAUGGAGUGGUCACUCGAGAUGUCUGCGGUCACUGGGGCAAUAACUGCUGCUAUUUCCAAUCCAAUCCCAUUAAAGUCAAAGCCUGUCCAGGAGAUUAUUAUGUCUAUGAGUUUGUGAGCCCAACUUUCUGCAGUUUGGUUUACUGUGCAGAUUCAAGCAACAUAACCACUACUACUGUCACGCCAGAGACAACCACAGAUGAAACUACAACCAUGGACACUACGACGGAUGUGAGAGAUCGCUGUUCUGAGCUCAGCUGCUCUGAGGAUGAAUUGUGUGGGAAGAAAAAUGGUGUUUAUGGCUGUUUAUGUAACGAAGACCAACCCAGACAACAACUUGACUCUUUUGAUUUCUCAGAAACCUGUGAAAGCAGCUCUGGCUCUAUAUCUGUGUCUCGCUGUCAGCUCUUUGAGGCUGGUUUUCCAGCUGAUGUCUUACACCUCAAUGAUCCCGGCUGCAAAGGAACGGUCCGGAAUGGCAGAGUGGAAUUCCAUUUUGAUGAUGAUGAACACAUCUGUGGAACUAAUCUUGUGGCUAACGGCACCCACUUCAUCUAUGAUAACUUUAUUCUGGGGACACCGAGGUCAGAAGAUCUCAUCAGCAGAGAGAAAAUCCUGAAGCUUUCUUUCAGCUGUGCUUAUCCUCAAUCACAAACACUUUCCAUGAAUGUGGAAAUCAACCCACUGGAGAGCAUGGUGAACAAGACUCUUCCCGCUGGUGAAGGCAGAUAUCAGGUCCGGAUGAUCCCAUAUGAGGAUGAUGAGUUUACCCGGCCCUUCACUGGUAGAGUGGAUGCAGAGCUCGACCAGGAGAUGCAUGUGGAAGUUCGUGUUGAGGGGGUCGACAGCCGCCAGUUCGCCCUGGUGAUGGACACGUGUUGGGCUACACCUGUGAAUGAUCCUGAUUACAGCCUCCGCUGGGAUCUCAUCCUUUCAGAGUGUCCCAAUCCGAAUGACGACACAGUGGAUCUGCUGCAGAACGGCGUCUCGACAUCCAGCCGUUUCUCCUUCAGGAUGUUUAUCUUCACUGCAAACUCCACUAGGCUUUACCUGCACUGCGCUGUUCACCUUUGCCUUCUGUCAAGCAAUCGCUGCUCAACGCACUGUUCCUCUGGACACCAGCAGAGAGAGCGCAGGUCUCUCGACUUCCAUGACAGUGCUUCCAUAUCCAUGGGUCCUCUGGUUUGGUCUGAACGGAGCUCAGACAUACCGAUCCCAGAUAAAGUGCAAGGGUCCAGGGCACCAGGCCUGUGUGGUUCCUUGAUCCUUUUGAUGGGUUCACUCCUUAGUGCCUACACUUUGCUGUAUGUUUAGACAUACAAUUACCUUUGAAUUCUUUGAUUAUACAUUUAAAAAAAAAUGUUGUUUGUCAUAUCUGAUUUGUACACUGUACAUCGGAUUAGGAACAAUUGGCACUGAACUAAUAAAUUGUUCUGCUUUGACUUGUAUUUCACCUAAUAAUAAUGAUGACCCUUA